UAGUACAAGUACAUAAGAGUGAAAAAUGGCAGCAUUUUUAUUAUCGUCGCAAUAAAAAAGUGAAUUUUUUGAGCAUUUGUUCUAUCAAAACGUCACUUUAAGAUUACUCAUUCGAUAAACAAUCAUGAAAUCCAAAUGGACGAUGUGUGAAAUAUGAUGUGUACAAUAUAGACAGUAAACAAGUACAAUAGAAAUUGUGCAAGAAAAGAGAAGAAGCAAAACAAUUUCCAUAAAACGUAAAUUUUCGGUGUUCGUGAUUCACGUUUCAAAACACGAACAGACAGUUUGAACGAGAGCACCUGAAAUUUAAUCGAACAGCACGGAAAAAUGAAUAAUUGAAGUUUCAGCAGUUUAACGCCAUUCAUACAGCAGCUUUGAACACACCAGUUGUUAAACCACAGCGUCGGCAACGUAAGAUAAGAGAGGCGAACGAUACGCAAAAAUAAUGUCGAAAUUUAUGAAUCGUCCUCCGCCGAACACCACAAUGCCACCACAACAAACGAACCAAACAUUUGUUGAUCGGAUUCCAGUUGGUCUUGAUCAUGCACCGCCAGCAUUCGAUUUACGAGGGCAAUUAAUCGGCGCCGGAGGAGCUAAUUUACACUACAUUCGGAAUGAAACUGGUGCGGUAGCUACGUUAAGGGGUCGCGGUUCGUUGUUUGUCGAUCCACAACUCGGGACAGAGUCCCAAGAACCUAUGCAUCUAUACAUUGAGCAUACACGCUACGAAGGAUUACAGUCGGCAAAGCAGCUGGCCCGGAAUCUAAUCGAAACACUGCAAUCCGAACUGGUUCAUUUCCAGCAAGUGAAUCCACCGGUACAAACGGUUCAAUAUGCUCAGCAGCAGCAACAGCAUCCACAGCAAGUGGUUCCCAGCCAGAUGUCCGUUCCGCCACCGAUGCAUGUACCGCCACCAAUUGUGCAGCCCAACACAAACGGAAUGGAACACUUGAGCAAUUCACAAGUGAUGCCACAGAAUUUCUUAACACAAACGGCUCCACCGAUUGUCCCACCAGCGACGGCACAGUCACAGCAAACGAUAAUUCAACAACCGGCAAUGAUACCGCAAACGCUACCUAUUCAUUUGCAUCAAGGCAAUAUGGUUCUUCAGCAACAGGUUCAACCAGCGCCGACUAUCGGUAAUGUCAGUAUUCCUCCACCGAUCCAUCACAUACCAGUCAAACAGGGAUCACUGGUUCAUUUGCAAGGUCCUCCACCAUCAGUGCAUCUAUCACAGCCACCACCGACCACCCAAAUCGUUCUCAAUCAGCCGCCGCAAAAUUACCAAUACCAAUACAUACAGCAGCCGUUACAAACGAAUGAAGUUACUGGCCAACCCAAUCAAGUGACAAUCCAACACAUUUACCAACCACAACAUCAGUUGCAAGGCAUUGUUCAACAAACUGUGCAGCCUAAUCCACAAUUUAAUCAUUUUGCACAGCAAACCAUUCGGCCACAACAACUUCAACCCAACCAACAGUACAUCGUACAUAAUGUACAAGGCAACACGGCUUAUAUGGUGCCACCACCCAAUAUAAUCCAUCAACAAACUCAACCACAAAAUAUCAUUUUUCAAACGCAACCGCCGCAAAUUCAGCAGAUUCCUUUGCAUCAACUACAACAAAUGCAACCGCCUGCAACGGAAGUCACUCAAGCUCCAAUAACUGUGAGUCAGCAACAAAAUAGCGCCAGCACUGCUUGCCCUAGUACAGAUGAUGCUGGUAACAUCAAAGAAGAGUCGACUAUCAAAUCAGAUGCUGGCGAUGAAAGCCCCAGCGAUAAAUCGGAAGAGAAACCAGACGUUGAAAGUCAAAGCAGUACGGAUGUAACACCGAACACGAGUCAAGCACAAACAUCGGCCACUCAAAUUCAAUUACGACCGACUCAAUCACAGCCAACCGUGACGCAGUGCACAACCUUUUCAACAGUACCACCACCAAUAAUGGCCGUACCGCCACCAAUCCAACAUAUAGUGGGCAACACUUUGAUCACAACGGCACAACCGACACAGACGCAAACACAUCAAAUUUACAAUCAAAUCCCCGUGUCCAUACAACAAAUAUCUGCGCCGACCCAGCAAAUUCACGUUUCAACACCGAACGGUCAACAUUUUCUGGUCAAUGCCCAACAGUGGCAUCAACAGCAACCGCAAUUUCAACAGGUCACACAAAACGGAAACAUUCAAUCGUUCCAAUUGACCCAACCAAUUCGUCAGAAUGAAAUCGUUGUCAGCAAUCAAGCGUUGAUUACGCAGCAAAAUCCAAACGGUGAUUUUCGACCGCAACAGCAACACAUUUUAGCAACGACAUUCAAUCCGCACAUACAGACUCCCGUUACCGGUAUGCAAGUCCAAUUUCAACCAGUCCAACAAUCUCAGAUUAUGCAACAUCACCUGAUUGAACAACAACAACAGCAGCAGCAGCAGCAACAACAACAACAACAACCGGUACAGCAGCAACAAGUUCAUCAGUUGAUUAAUAACAUACCGCCACCGACUGGUUGCUUUACCGGCAAUCAACCGCCGCAAGCGAUGGAAUCAAAAAUGAAUUUGCAAUAUCCGCAGAGAAAUUCACCACAACCAGUUCCUUAUCCGCAGAGCAAGACAAAUAUAAUCGAUUCGCAUUUAAGAGCCGGUCAGAAAAGGAAGUUCGACGAUGACGAUGGUUGUCAGCAAUUGCCACCACGUAUGGGAAUGGGAUCGAAUAGUGGCAGUUAUUUAAAUAACCAAAGGGACGGACCACAUAACAACAGCAAUAUGGGUAAUGGUGGUCAGGCAGGCACCACUAGUUCAUCAUCCAAUUCUCAAGAUGAAUCCAAUGGCGACGGAAAUUUUAAUCCUCACUCUGGAAACAAUAAAUCAUCGCCGCAUUUGAGCGACCAGCAGUCACCGCCCUCAUCAUCAACAUCAUCGUCAUUCUUGUCGGACAAUCGACCGUUCUAUCAACGGGACAAUGGUGACAUGGGCUAUCGGUCCGAUGAACCGCCGCACCGGAAUCCAUUCGAUAUGCCGCCGUCUGGUCGGGGACAACGUUUCCGGCCGAAUAAUAACCGAGAUUUUCCGUAUCCGAUGAGACCGCCACACAUGCAAGAUUCGCACAAUUUCCCGAUGCAUCGGAAUUAUUUUGGACCUCCGCCGCCGCCACCACCGUAUCCGCAUCGAAACGAUUUUAGGGGACCGUGGUAGACGAAGUGGUUGUGCGAUCGUAAUAUUUUUUCUCUCUGUUUCGGGAAAGAUUGUUUUCGUAAAGGAAACAACAACAGAAGAAUGGAAUUGAAAGUUUAGACUGUAAAUCGAUUUGUAAAAAGAAA